AACAGCAUGGUCUACACUCCUCAAUGGAAAUCAGGAUUGCUGUAAUGUAACUGCCAUCGUAGCUGUCAUAUCAGCGAUCAUACAGAGAGCUGCCUGACACCUCAAACAAAUGGAUACGCAGGGGAAACGCGACCAUCUCACGAGUUUAUUUUCAUAGUCAUGUGCCACCGUGUAAACAAUAACGUUGUUACCACGUCCCUUGUGGAGCACAACUUAAAGCUAACGGUAGCUCGGUUGUGUGGAAAGCGCGUAUUUGGAAAAGGCUACUUGAAUAUAAUAGCGCACUGUUUAUGAUUUUAGUGUUAGGCGUGUAGAGUAGGCUAUAUGAAAGGUCGUGUUUAUUCGUUCGCUCGGCGAUUUUUGUCGUGAUAACGGAAGAUAUUAAUAGGUCUGACAAAGGGCAUUGGGCUCUUUGUUUAUAAACAUCCCUCUUCCGUCCAGACCCGAACCGAGCCGAGCCUGCUUGCUCCAUUGAUGCACUCUUUCCAGUGGUGUAACGGUUGUUUUUGUGGUCUAGGCCUGAUCUACUCCAACAGAACCUGCACCAUGACAUCACCACCCAUCACCUUCCACGACCUGCCACUCAACAUCUACAUGGUGAUCUUCGGCACGGGCAUCUUUGUCUUCGUCCUCAGCCUCAUCUUCUGCUGCUACUUCAUCAGCAAACUAAGGCACCAGGCACAGAGUGAGAGGUUUGGCUACAAGGAGGUUAUUUUGAAAGGUGACAGUAAGAAGCUGAGUCUACACGGGCAGACGUGUGCCGUGUGUCUAGAAGAUUUUAAGGUGAAGGAUGAACUGGGGGUGUUGCCAUGCCAACAUGCCUUUCACAGGAAGUGCCUAGUGAAGUGGCUGGAGGUUCGCUGUGUGUGUCCCAUGUGCAACAAGCCUAUCGCCGGCCCCCCAGAGCAGCAUCAGAGCAUUGGCACCCUGCUGGACGAGCUGGUGUAGCCACGGAAACAGCCGGACGCCGCCGGAAACUGCCGGAAAGAGACUGAGCAACAACACACAGGCAUCACCACAUGCCACGCCUGACCUGGUGCAUCUUUUUGCCAGGGAGGGGGCCGCACUGUACAUGGGGCUGGGCCAGACAAGACCCAGGCCUCCUCAGCCCCCACACCCUCUCCCCCCACCCCACUGUGGCCCCCACCAGAGUGAACCUCCUCAGCCCCCCCACCCCCGCCCCACCCCUCCCAAUGAGGCACCUCCCCACCCCAUGGCCCGGCCCACUGUGGCCCCCACCAGAGAGAGACUCCUCAGCCCCCCAUCGCCCCUUGCCUCCAGCACUACAGCCUCUUAUGGAUGGGGAGAGCAGGAGUGUGUGUGUGUGUGUGUGGGGGGGGGGGGGGGGGCACAGACUAUGACCAGCAGCCCACCAGAGACUGACCAGGGCUUUCUAAGAUGACAUAUCUGCUCCGUGUGUUUGCCAGGACUAUGAGAGGUUGGGGCUGUCGGACACCAGAGUGUAUAUGGGGUCCCUGCACCCAUGGCAGAGAGACAGAGGGAGAGACCGAGAGAGAGAGAGACACAGAGAGAGAGAGAGAGAGAGAGAGAGAGAGAGGGAGAACAGAGAGAGAGAGAGAGAGAUUGGAUAAAAUAAUUAUUCUGUAGUUCUCCCAGCUAAUGGUUCACAGCCACUAAAUGUACUUGCCUUUUCAUGUGUCAUUUCAUACCAGAAGUGUUUGUAGUCGCCUCUUUUAACCCUGUGUACGAGAAUACAGUCAUUUCACACCAGAAGUGUUUGUAGUCGCCUCUGGUAGUCCUGUGUACGAGAAUGUUCCCCAGGUAGAGGAACAGCAUUGUUUUGUUGAAGUAUUGUGUUUGACCGUAACUUCACUUUCAUGUAAUCUGUAAUCUUUUUUAAGCAUCUGUUUAAAACACAGACACACACACACACACAGACACACUGUUUACAGACAUGUCCUCUAUGCUAUAUGCAGAUCUUUGUCAAGUGGAUGUCGGACCCUCUGGGUGAUUCAGAUAUGAUGCUUACAUGCAGACAUUAUGCGGACACGACAUUAUGUGUCACACCAUUAUGUGUGAACGACACCGACACACAUGAACCUCUGCGUGGCUGAACAGGUUGAACGUGGUUGAACACGCAUACAUAAUCUCCACAUGCUCUUUACUUCGUUCAGACAUGAGCUCAUUUACAUAACGUCCGUCGGAAAUACUAGGAGGGGAGUAGUGUAAGAGCCGCCUAAUUUCGGAGUACCAAAUGUCGGGAUAUGUUGUUCAGAUAUACGGACAUGCGGACUUACACCUAUGUCUGAAACCAGCUACACACACACACACACACACACACACACACACACACACACACACACACUGAUGCUGUAUUCACUACUUCCAGGGGUUUGUUAUAGGAGUAUCGGAUGCAUGUACACAUGUGCUGUAUCCACUCCCCCACCCUUCACUAGCACCAGGCCAUUAGACACAUCCACAGGGUUUCUUGGUAGACGUCUGACGUCUGAGUAGAAAUGUGAUAGCACUUUAACCUCACACACUGCCAUAGCUGCUGUGUCUGAGCACACAUCUUGAGCUGCCACUCAAACACACACACACACACACCAACACACACACACACAUCAACACACACACACACACACACACACACAAACACACAAACAAGCAACACACACACACAAACACACACACACACAAUGCCACAGCUGGUGUGCCUGAGCAGACAUCUUGAACUAUCACACACACACAAACACACACACACACACACACCACCUGGAGAUGUUCAUGCUGCCACAUAUAGCACAUUCUGCAUAGGCUCCUACUGGACAGGUUCACACACACCGAUGAUUAGUUGAUCUCCAUGUGCUCUCGACUCCACCUAUUGUGAUUGUUGGUUGAUAGGUUCUUAUACAGUGUAUGUUCAAUAAAGGGAUUGACCAGCA